GGUUGUCUCCAUCUGUGGGAAGCAAAUGGUCGUCCGUAGAAGCGAGCUUUAUCGGGCAGCCCUGAACAGCGAUUGGGAAUCUCUGAAGAAAUUAUACCAGACAAAUGUUAGGUCGCUGUCAUCUCCUGUAACGGCCUCCAGGGACAAUGCCUUUCACUUGGCGGUGUUCAGCAAAAGAAAAGAUCCGCUUCAAUUUUUGCUUGAAAUUUCCAAAGAACAUCCUAGGGUGAAGGAUGCCUAUUUACAAACAAAUGACUACGGGAACACGCCUCUUCAUGAGGCUGCAUUAAAUGGGAACCUGGAGGCCGUAAAGGCUUUGGUCACUCAUCAUCGCAGGCUCAUCGCGGAAGAUAUUGAAUAUCCACGUGUGGAAAAGCUCCAAGAGGCUGUGAAUAUGGAUGAAGAAACCCCGCUUUUUCUUGCUGCUUCAUUUGGGAAAACAGAGGUGGUGAAGUUUUUAGCUGCAACAUCAUUUGAAUCUCACAAAAGAUUAAUAUACCAAGAAGAAAAAGGAAGGACUGAAGAAGAAGAAUAUUCUAAGCUUAAAAAUAUUCACCGCCAAAACAUGAGGGUAAAGCCCAAACCUAAAGCCUCCAAUGAACUGCCUGGUGCGAGUCAAGGUGAAAUAACAUCAGAGCCAGAGCCUGGUGCCAUCAAAGAAGAAACAUUCAUACAAAAGCGUAAUGCCUCCAUUCUGGGCGUUGCCAUCAUAGGCCACCAUUUUGACACGGCUCUAUAUUUACUGAAGAUGGAUGAAUCGUUAGCAGCACUCAAAAACCUAGAUGGCCAGACCUCUCUUCACCUACUAGCAGCCAUGCCCUCAGCUUUCGAAAGUGGAUAUCAAUUUGGCACAUGGAUCCACAAAGUCAUAUAUUCCUGCCUUCCAAUCGGUGAUGAUGCAGAUGAUGAUGAAAAAGCUACUACAAAAAUUUCCAAAGGUUGGCUUAAAUUACUGCAAAAAAUCUGUGCACUUGUAAGGAGUGACAUCUUGGAAGAAAAGACGAAGCAUAAACUUGCUUUCAAACUAGCGAAGACACUGAUAACAAAAGAUUCUUCUUGGGAUGAAAUCAUUCCGUUUGAUAAAGACCAGUCUUCAGGAGGAGAUUAUAAGGCAAUCCCGUUAUUGCUGGCGACUGAAAAAGGAAUAGUAGAAAUUGUGAACAAGAUACUAGAAAUAUAUCCCCAGCUGGUUGAGCAUUGCAAUGAUCUGGGUCAGAACAUACUGCAUAUGGCAAUUAAGCACCGUCGAAAGGAUAUCUUCAAUCAUGUGAAAAAUAUGAAAAUGCCAAUGACAAGGUUAGUCGGAAAGGUUGACAAUAAUGGCUACACCAUUUUACACCAUGCUGCAUACAUGGAGACACAGACUGCAAAGCUUCACCCAACAGGACCUGUAUACAAACUCCAGGAAGAGAUAAAGUGGUACAAACGUGUAAAGAAGAUCACGCCCUCCCACUACGCCAUGUCUUGCGAAGAGAAAUUCAAUUCGAAGCACGAUACACUACUCAAGGAUGCACAGGAAUGGAUAAAAAAGACUUCUGAGUCUUGCACUGUAGUGGCUGUUCUCGUUGCUACAGUGGUCUUUGCAGCUGCGUACACUGUGCCUGGAGGUUCUAAUGAACAGGGGUAUCCAGUUUUCCGCAACAGCUCUCUCUUCUUGCUUUUCACAGUCAUGGACGUUGUUGCUUUGGCCUGCUCCUUAACCUCCGUUGUAAUGUUCUUGUCCAUCCUCACAUCGCCUUAUACGUAUCAUGAAUUCCACCGCCAACUCCCCAACGCACUCACAAUAGGUUUCGCCUUGCUCUUCAUUUCAUUGACUACAACAAUGAUUGCAUUCGCAGCAACAUUAUUGCUCAUAAUUCGUUCGGACAAGCCACAUUGGACCACCACUCUCAUUUAUACUGCUGCAUUUCUUCCUGUCAGCAUAUUUGCACUCACGCGUUUUCCCAUGUAUGCUGCAUUUGAGAAAACUUUGCUCAAGUUGUAUCGUAGAUUGCCCAAGAAGUCAGCUUCCAGACAGGGUUCCUUUGCAGACCAAGCAGCUCCUAAACAAACCGAAUCGCACACAAAGCAGCUUGAGAACGAUGGUCAAUUGUCUGAGGAGAGUGUGCCGAUAAUAAGCCCAAGCUCUGAGUGUGAGAUUUAUAUUAGUUGAUGCUGAUAAUAUUACAAGAUAUUACAAACUGGUGUGACUUUGUUUUCAUCAUUUUGGGUUCCAUCAAGUCAAGAGUGAGCGUCAAACAAGAGAAUAUUUUACUUUUUGUUCUAAUAAAUUUGUAUGCAAGUAGUGUGUGUUUUUUAAGAAUAUAAAUUUAAAAUAUUUAAAGUAUUUUUAUCAUAUUUAAUAACAUGCUUAUUUUCCAAGA